AUGUCACCACCUCUUUCCCCGCUAGAGAUCCCUGAGAUCCUCGAACAGAUCUUCUCCUACGUCGACGAGUCGACAAUCGAACAAUCCGUCAGUAGAGUCAAUCGAACAUGGUUCCUCCUCACCCGCCACCGGACCAACCAGGACCUUGUCUUCAAUACCAACCGUCGCAGGGGAGACUUUCAUACUGUCAUGGCUCGAUUGUCCGAGGCGACCAGGUUGUGGUGGCAUGCAGCGUGUGGACGGGAUAGGGCAAAUCAGUGGAAGAAGCUUGUGAAGUUGUUGAAGGUCAAGGAUUUGCGGUUUCGGGAGAGUAAAAGGAGAACGACUACGUUGGCGAGUGCCUCGCAGCAUGGACUCGGUGCAGGAGCAGGAACAGGAACGAGAACAGCAACAGGAACAGGAAGUGCGGCAGGGGGAGAAGGUCAGGGGGAUAGGGAGUACGGGUACAGGGAGCACGACCUACGACGAAGCAGUACCUACAACGACGCCGUCUCCUGGACCAUGCAAGAACGACCACUACUUGAACUACGACUAAGCGGCUGCCUGAAACUCAACCUGCGGUUCCCUUCCCUGCUUCCGUACAUCCAAUUCCUCACUGUCCUGAAGCUGAGCAUGUGGGAGGAGAAUUGGUUCGAUACGCGGGAGGAUAAUGGGGUCGAUAUGCGGGCAGUCUUGACGCAGUGUGGAUCGACUCUGCAGGUGCUGCAUAUCCGUACCCUAUUGACUAUUCGACUUGAUGGACCAUGGAUCCCGAAGAGAUUCCCGACGCCAUCGUUCGUUGAGCCCUUGCCGGAACGAUGGCAGGAUCAUGCUUUUGCGUACCAGUGGAAUCAAGGCAACGGCAGUAGUCAGGAGCAGGAAUCGGAACCGACAAAUGUUCUGGCGUUGCGAGAGUUGGUCCUGGAACGAACAAGUUUCUACCUGAACAGUCUAGAGGCCCUCCUCUGCUUCACGCCUCACCUCAACACCCUCCGUCUUAUCGAGCUCAAACUCUACAGCGGGAUGAACCCGUCUCCACUCGGCGACGGCCAACGCCGCCUCAUUGCUUUUCUCCAAGACCCUCAGUUCCCGCAGGGACAAAUCCUCCCCCUCCGAUCCUACACCUUCUCACUCGCCUCGAUCAUCCGUGUUACUUCUACCGCCGCGUCCAUCGCCAACGUCGAACAGGAGAUCAAACAUGCGCAGUCGGAGCUAUGCCAAGAUGCGAAUGAGUGGACGUUUUUUACGCCGGGUCUGUCACUACCUCUACUGAAAUUUUUAGAGGAGGAGGUGCAGAAUGUAGUGACGACGCUGGAAUUGAGAAACAACGAUCUGGACGGGUUCUCACCGGCCCCGGUCCUGCAUCGGUACUUGUGUGCGUCGCCGAAUUUGCUGCACUUGCGGGCCGAGGGUACUCUAUAUCUGGUCGAGUUGCUGGAUAUCCAUGGACGGAUGGAGAUGGCGUCUUCCAGUAUCACUAGUCAAGGCGGAGUGGCAACACCUAGAGGAAGAGGCACAGGAGCAACAAGAGCAAGAGUAGAAGCUUCCAACAUUCCGAUAGGGCCGCCUGGGAUCUGGGCAUGCAAGAACCUCCAAACCCUGCACAUCUACUUCGGCUCUUCCUCCGACAUUGGUCCCUUUUCCCGUGCAACCGCCGAGCCGUCCCCAGUAUCACGCAAGAUCAGUUCUCGGAUCGUAUUCGGCUAUCUCUCUCGCGUCUGCCCUCGCAUGCAUGAUCUCAGGAUCCGCGCUACAGAGCACCUUCGCUGGGCUACUUUGAUCCGACUUAGACCUUGGGAAUCUAUGAAUCGACGACAUUUCUCACUCACCCUUGAUUCGGGCUUCUGUCUCUUGACACGACUACGACAUCUAGAGUAUCUAAGCGUUGGGUCUCUUGGGGGAUAUAGCGAGCCGUGUUCUAGCAGGAACAGGGGUCUAGAGUCCGUAGAUCUGGACUGGAUGCUGGAGAAGAAAUGGUGUAGAGGUGAUGAAGUGAGGAGGAGCAAGGAGAGAAGGGAGGCGAGGAAAAUGGUUGUGAAAGAGCGGUGGGAGACUUGGUUGGCGGAGGAGGAGGAGGUCGUCCUUGUCCAGAAGGUAAUGGAUGCUAGUUGGUGGAUCGAUCGAACCCGCGAGACCGUCGAUCGUGCCACCUUUACUACCACCGCCAUUAACAGCGGCAACAACAACAACAACAACAACAGCAACCGACCACCGAUUUGGGGAAGGACAGAUCCUGAGAUCCAUGAGCAGUUGAAGGAUCUAGGAUUGCUGGUUGAUGUCAAGAACAUGAUUGACGAGAUGGAUAUCGAGAGCGACCGUGAUGGGCAAGAAGGAGGAGGAAGAAGGGAAGACGGGUACAAAUAUUGGCCGAUGCUGAGGUGGAUGCGGAUGUUUCGCGUGACAGAGUAUGGGCGGUCAAGGGAGAGAGAAGUCAAGCGGAUGCUGGCGUCUGUGAAGGAAUUCAAGUUCAAGGAUAAGGCGUGGUAG